GGCGGAGGUUGUUGUUAUCCUGUGGGAAGGGUUGAUUUGACAGCAUUCAACUCCUAUUUCCUCUGCAUAUUUAAUACAUGUCGUCAGCUCGGUGAUCAUUGACGCAGCGCUAUCCAGAAGGUGUGUGCUUGUGUUUGCACGGACAGACACGCACAUUACGAUCUGCCUCUGCGUCUGUACCGUCUGUGCCCCUCCCUCCCUCCCUCUCUGACUCCCAGCAUCACUGGCAGCCCGGUGAUGCUGUCAUAAACCGGAGAAUAAAUUCCCGUUUAACGACCCUGGGGAGGCGUCGUAUCCUGUGAAUGGUUAUUAUGGUUGGCUGCGUUAAUUUGUAAGUACAGGCCUGUAAUGUGUUGCUGGAUGCGACCCCGUUCAGAUGCGUAACACAACCCGCUUGUUGUAGGCUGUUGCUGUUUUUGUUUGGGCUUGUAAGGAUAUAUUUGAUGCUGUGUGGAAGCCGUCGGGGUGAAUAAUACAUUUGUCUUCCAAGGGCAUCAGUGAGCGACACGGUGCGGCAGCGAUGUGCACGUCUGACGGCUAGACGGAGCAAGAGAGGGACGGAGCCUGUUCGUGCAGCUGCAGUCGUUGACUCCUCACAGUUAUCGCUCAUAUCCAGGGUUCAAGCACUCCGCUUCUCGCUCCUCACUCGGUUCACCGCCUGGCUUUAGGAUGCGACGUCAUGACUUGAUCGCGCCUGACAGAUGUUGCUGUGUUGCAGUUGCACGGGCAUAGAUCCUCCGCGUGCGCUCGCUGUUUUGAUUUUCUGGUUGGCGGUGAUGAUUCUGUAAGAAAAAACGGUUCGUGCGAUACAUGCCAAGUCCUCGCUUUGUGCUCGGGCAGACAGCAACAUUCAUUUAGUCUUCGGGAUUGCAUAAAAUGAUACCUGGAUCUGCCGCAUCAAUGCUACCAUCUGCAGAAGCUGCGAAAUUGUACCAGACCAAUUACGUCCGCAACUCCCGUGUCAUCGGACUUUUAUGGGCCAUCUUCACUAUCCUGUUCGGCAUUGUUAAUGUGACCAUCUUCUCACAGCCCUAUUGGAUUGGGGAUGGCGUGGAUACGCCGCAGGCCGGCUACUUCGGCCUUUUUCACUAUUGCGUCGGAGACGGGAUCUCCAGAGAGCUGGCCUGCCAGGGCAGCUUCACCGAGUUCGCCGCGAUCCCCUCCACCGCGUUCAAGGCCGCCUCCUUCUUCAUUGGGAUGUCCAUGAUGCUGGUCGUCACCUGCAUCGGCUGCUUCAGUCUCUUCUUCCUGCUCAGCACCUCCACCGUGUACAAGAUCUGCGGCUGGAUGCAAGCAGCAUCAGGGGUCUGUCUGGUGCUGGGCUGUAUGAUUUACCCUGAUGGUUGGGACAGCGACGAGGUGCGGAGGAUGUGCGGAGAGCAGACGGACAAAUACAGCCUGGGGGCUUGCUCAGUGCGUUGGGCCUACAUCUUGGCUAUCAUGGGCAUCCUGGAUGCUCUCAUCCUCUCCUUCCUGGCUUUCGUCCUGGGGAACCGGCAGGACGGACUCAUGACAGAGGAGCUGCUGGCUGAGAGCAAGGAGGGAGGCAACGCCUAACGAAAUCUGUAGGUCCCUGAAUUUCCCUGUGUCUGUUUUCAUGAAGUACCAGUCAACCCUCAACAUCAGCUCGGAGGAGGGAGGCCAUCCAGCUCUGUGACGGAGAGGAAUACUUUGGAACCAGCCAGCCUGCCUUCCACAUCUACCUGCCAAGACCCCAGUGUAACCUUCCCUCAGAGUCCAUCCAUUUUGCUUGCAGUCCCUGAAUCAUCCCCAGCACUUAGAUGGAGCCCAAUGCACUUCUAUCCCAGUGUGUCUACAGACCUAACCCUUGCACAGCAUCGCAUAGACCAUGGCAGGGGCGGAGACUGUUACUCUAUUGAGAAGUACAGUCAGGUCCAUAAUUAUUUGGACAAUGAUACAGUUGUCGUCAUUUUGGCUCUGUACACCACCACAAUG